ACUAAUAAUAACGAGAGAGAAUUCACAUUCAUACGUCGUUUCCUCGUUCUUCUCUAUCUAUCUUAUCUACAGCGCGAUGAAGUUAAGAAUUAGGUCACUCGAAUCGAAAGAGACCCUGAAAAUUGAAUUACCAUCAACUUCUUCUCUUCAAAAUCUCAAAGAAACAAUCGCAGAAAAAAUCUCAGUUUCUUCUGAAACCCUACAACUCUCUCUUAAUCGAAAAGACAGGAUUGGUGCUGCUCCUCAUGAUUCACUUCAAGCAGUUGGAAUCGCUUCCGGGGAUCUUAUUUUCUACACGACAAACCCUAAUGGGUUUGUUUUAGGUAAUACACAAAUCCUUAUUUCCUCUCAAAUUCGUAAUCCAAAUCAAACUAGGGAACAAGGGGAAAGUUCUAAUAAUAUUUCUGAUUUGAAUUUUAAUACAAGUGAUGAAUUCCUAACCCUAGCUCCAGAAGAAGAAACCCCAAAUCCAGAAAGCUCAAAUAAUAAUUCUGAUUUGAAUUUUAAUACAAGUGAUGAAUUCCUAACCCUAGCUCCAGAAGAAAAAACACCAAAUCCAAUUAAUUCUUGUGAAAUUAAGGAAACCCUAACUCUAGCUGAAGAAGAACCUAUGGAUAUCUCCGAUGAUGAAAACCCUAAUGUUGUAGUGGAGAAGGUUUCUUCAGUUCCAUGUUUUCUUAAAAAGGUUCUUACAGAGGAGGCAGGUAUAUCUGAAUUAGGGGACUAUAAGCUUUUGAUUAUUGCUGUGCAUGCUGUCUUCUUGGAAUCUGGUUUUGUUGCUUUUGAUCCUAUUACGAAAACAAGGAUUAAUAAUUUUCAGCUUCCUGAAGGAUGGGCGUCGAAGUCUACCCUGUCCAUACAGUAUACGGUUCCCCUUCUUCUAGGGCCUGGUUGUGGUGAUGCAGUAGAAACUGUGGUUUUAAUUUUUCAAACUUUAGGGAAAUUUGUAAAUGCUCAUGGGUCUUUGAGUAGGAAUGGUAAAGAUUUGUACAGGUGUUUUUUGGAUAAAUCCUGUUAUGUUCCCUCUAUAAAUUUUGCAUGGUUGAGCUGUGAUUCCAACAAUGCCAUGAAUAUCGAGGCUGAGUCUUCUUCGAAUUCUUCUAAGACAUUACACGAAGGGACAUCUGAGGAUUCUGAUAAAACAUUGGAACUGUUACAUGAAGGCAAAAUUUUUGAAUUGUGUAAGAUAGCCAAGGAUAAACUUGCACUGCCACUUCUAAUUGAUCUUUGUGAGAAGACUGGGUUGUCUUUACCGCCAUGCUUUACUUUACUACCUACAGAACUUAAGCUUAAGGUACUCGAAUCUCUUCCUGGUGUUGACAUUGGAAAAGUUGCCUGUGUUUCUUCUGAAUUGAAGUAUCUUUCUUCAAAUAAUGAGUUGUGGAAGCAGAAGGUUGUGGAAGAAUUUGAUCAGUCAGAUAUAGACAGGAAUAAAAAGGUCCAUUGGAAGCAAACAUUUGUUGUGUGCUGGGGAAAUAAGAAGGCAAGGAUAUUAGGGAGGCGGAGGUUCCCUAGGCCCAACCCUUUAAGUGGAGGGAUAAUACCUUCUCCACUAUUUUUCCACCACCCCAGAAGGCAACCACGUCACUUUCCUAGAGUCAUAGGUGGAGAUCAUGAUAUCUAUCCUGGAGGAGUUGUACCAUUUGGAAGUCAACCGAUCAAUCGCUUUUCACAACGGAGAGGUGUCAUACCUGAUUGCAAUCUUGAUGGAUUCAGUCACUAGUGGCCGGUCAUCGUGUUCAAGCAUUCAGGCAGAGGUAUUUUAAUUUACGUGGAGAACUUUAGUUGGUUUCACCCGUGGGUUUCUGUUUACUACUAAAUGAAUAACUAGAAAAAUGUGGUUGUUUUUUGUUUAUAUGUUAAUGUCAUAUACAUUUUCAUUUCAAGUCGUGGUUAAUAGCGACAAACAUAAUCAGACUGUUUUUACAUUCCCUGUAUGAAUAUGUGCAUCAGAUUAUAGAUUACCAUCUGUCAAAUACAUCUGUUUCUCGUUUCUCA